AUGGCCGACGAAUACAAACCCCCACCGCUCCCUUCUCCAUUCACAAAUACUAAGCCAUCACCUAUCCUUCUCGCUCAGGGCGCUGAAGCUCACGUCUACAAAACCGUUUCUCUCGACCCCUCCAUCCCAGCCGCUUUGAAAAUUCGACCCUCCAAACCAUACAGACACCCAAUCCUUGACCGUAAAUUGACGCGUCAACGAAUUAUCCAAGAAGCCCGAUGUCUCGCCAAACUCGUCCGCGAAGGUGUCAAGGUCCCCGCAGUCCUGGCAUUGGACUGGGAGGGACAAGGCGGUGAUGAGGCAGGUUGGGGUGGAGCUUGGCUGAUGAUGGAAUGGAUCGACGGCCCAGUAGUGCGUGUUGUACUUGAGAAGUGGGAGGCCUGGAUGAAGGUGAAUCGCGCGUCGUUGGACGCGACACGCAUUGCCCAGGAGGAGGCGCGAGUGCGGGGCUUGAUCCGGCGCAUGGGAUCUGCCAUUGCUGCGUUGCACAAGGCCGGUGUGGUCCACGGAGACUUGACUACAAGUAACCUUAUGCUGCGGACUGCGGAAAAGGAAGGCGAAACGCUUUCUAUGGACGGUGAGGUCGUCUUGAUUGACUUUGGACUUGCAUCGCAGAGUACCCAGGACGAGGAUCGGGCGGUAGAUUUGUACGUCUUGGAACGCGCUAUUGGAAGCACACAUCCGCUAUCCGAGCCCUUCUUUGGCGAAUUACUUGUUGGAUAUAAAGAAGGGAAUAAGGGUGCUACUUCUACACUUCGGAGACUUGAGGAUGUGCGGUUGCGAGGCCGCAAGCGCAGCAUGCUUGGAUAA